AUGAAUGUCCAAAAUGCAAGACCAAACAUCAAGACCAAAAUGAAGGGCGCAGGGCACUUUUGUGGGUUCCAUAGACUUAUGAUUUAUGACAAUGCACACAAACUACAUCUUAAUAAAGCAGUUGAUAUAAAAAGUAUCAAGAUCUAUUACAUGGAGGGCCACAAUAACCCGGGUGUAAGUCCACUACAACCCGAUGUCAAACAAAAACUGAUUAAAUGUGUGGACUAUUUGCGUGAUAAAUGUGCCGAUUGUGAGCCCCUAUACCUAAAAGAACUGGAGAUAGGGUUUGAUAUAUGGAUGUGCGCUAUGACUGACCCGAAGGCCCCAGCCCUGGAACGAGAAUUAGCUAAUCUCAAUGGCCACAUUAAUCCUUAUAUUGAGCUUUGUAAAUCUAUGUUUGGUUUGUCCAAGGUCACUUUACCGUCAAUACUGAGCUGUUUUGAUUACUUGAUUACUGGUUCAUCAAACGAGAAAUAUUUUAAUCACUUAACUAGAUUGCGGACAGAACUGACCAAGACCCUACAUAAUAUAUUAGGUGAUAAUGGGGUAUUAAUAUAUCCGGGACAUCCAGAAACAGCCCCGAAACACAACCAAACAAUACUGAAAGUUGUGAACAUCUCGUAUACGUGUGUUUUCAAUACACUAGACGUUGCCAUCACUUCCGUGCCGUUGGGUCUGACCAGUGAUGGCCUUCCGGUCGGCGUUCAGAUCAUUGCCAAACCUUUUAACGAUAGGCUGACCAUCGCUUUGGCCGAAGAGUUGGAGAGAGGGUUGAGUGGAUGGACAGCACCGGAACUUGUUAUCAGUUACGCCAUAGAUAGCGACCCCACCCUAGUAUUGGAGGCCCAGCGGCGCAACACCACAGACACCAUCCGAUACCUACACCAAGACUUAGACAAACCGUGGGCUGAAUGGCGGCCUGAGCUCCGGGCCCUCGAGUCCACCGCAAACCUGAUUGUGUCAAACAUUGUGUUUCAGGCCAUAGAGGAUAAGACGCGGCUAAUGGAUGUGUUGUUUAUUGAUACAUACAUCUAUAUCUACUUGUCAAUAUAA